GUUCCACCCAAUGGCUGGAGGACAGCCCUCCGUCCCCCGUGCCUCCCCAGACACAAGGGCAAUACGUCGCAGAAAUGGAAUAUCAGCAAAAACUCACCAAGUUUUUGGCCCAAUACUAUAUGAACGGCAACCAGCACUGGAAACCACAUGGGAUACCAUUGCUUAACAAGCAGCACUCACAGUAUCACUGGGGUCGCCUGAAUAGAGAACCCAGCACGCUUCUGUUUCCACAGAUCAGCGUGCUGAAGGGCAGCAGCUAUAGAGAGGCAAUGGAUAGCCGGCCACCACUGGUCAUCAAUGUGGAUAGCCCUGGACCAGCUGCCUACUCACCCCCGACCAUGAGCUGCAGGGAGAGCAGUGCUCCAGCCUACACCUUUGGGAGGAAGACACCCCCUAGAGAGGGUGGAGGCUGCAGAUCCUGGCAGAAGUCCUGGUUCCAGAGCAAAAGCCCCUUUACCAGGAAGGCGGAUUUUAACACUGAGAGCAAUUGGCCGUCUCCAUUCCACUACACUCAGCCCUCGACCCUGGGCCCCCGGCAGGCCAGCAGACCAGGGUACCCGAGCUACAGCAUUGGGAGAAAGGGGAAAUUCAGCCUGGUCAGUAAAGAUGCUCAAAUUAAUCCAGCACCAAAUAAAUAUGACACAACACCAGCUUAUUUCCAGGUGCUGCAGACCUCACCUUCUUACUCUAUAAGAAACCGGCCACAGGGGACUCAUCAAUGGGACAGUUCAGGGAACAUGCCAGGACCAGGAUUAUAUGACCAUGAGAAGGGGUACAUAGCUUGUUUGCCCAGCUCCCCAAGCGUCAUCAUCCAGGGCAUCAGAAGACCUAAGAGACAUGAAACCGGGCCCUUCACAACUCUCUGAACAGGAGCUGCAAAGACCAAGUAACUUUGCUCAAUUUCCAUCUGCUUGACAGCAACCAAUGUAGUGUGUUCAUCUAAAGAGGCUCAAAGUUAACACAGCCUAAGAUUCAUUAUGCCGUAUACCCUAUUACUAAGUUACCUCCCUACACUACAAGCCCAGUACACCUAUAAAGCUUGGAGCUGUACUGUAAUAAUGGGUAGCUUUCGCUGUUAGAAAUUGAGGAUGCUGCCAUUCACCAUACAUUUACUAGUAAUAAACCCUUGAAAAUUGAAGAUUUGAAUUGGACUAGGUGCCUAUUAAACACUAAGACUGAGGGUGCCUGCCUUCACUGCCACUCAGGUUGAGGAGUUUGGGAGCACUCACUUUUUACCUGUAUUAAAACUGAUUUAUCUAAGUGUUCAGGAGUAACUUUCCAUUAAAGAUGGUAGUGUUAUGUAAUGUCAGGAUCACGCUGUAUCCUGUUUCAUCACUACCAUGAAUGAAAGCUUCAUAAUUUAAAUGAGUUAGUGCUUAAGCUAGCCACCUGAACCAUCUGCCUGCAGACUGUACAACAUUUUAAACCAUGAUGGCAGUUGUCCAUAGCCUACACAUGCAAAUAUAUCAGUAUUAUUUAUGCUCUUCUAGCUGCUAGAUACACAUAACACUCAAGCAUAAGUUAAGAUUUGCACAGAUUUACUAUUCUGAAUAAGCCACCUGGCUGGCAUCAUAGCAAAUAUGACUAAGUAACUUCUGACAAGCAGUGCAUAUAUUUAUGAUGGCAAAUUUUAAGAGGGAUAGGGAGUUAGGAGUUAAGCAAAGCCAGUUUGAGUACAGUGGCACUUUUAUGUUCUACACCGUGAGGUAUAGUCUCCAUUAGAAUUAGAGGCAAUCUCCACUUUUAACCUUUGUAACAUUUCUGAAGCACGUUUUCUCCAUUCCAAAAUGCAGGGGGUGUCUCAAGUACAACCCGUUAGUGUAGCUAGUAAAUAUUAGUUCACUAUGUGACCAGAAAAAAUCCUGUAAUCUUGAUGUGGCAUAAUACAGAUUGUCUGGAACCACCAUGUGUUUAGAUUCCAGCAUUUUGCACCUUCAGUCAACUUGGAUCCUGUAUUUAAACUACCAGACCAUUCUCAGACAACUACAGGUUUUAUUGAGGUUUUAUAAUUGUUACAAAAAAUCUUAACGUCUGUGUUGUGAGUUCUUGGCUUCUGUAUUAGCUCUGUUGAAAAGAGAAAAAAACCAAGACCCCCAUUAGUAAAGAGAUAUUUGUUCAUAA